AGCAGCAUAAUAAUUUCAGGUUAGAUUAGGUAGGACUCUUAUAUUUACAUAGGAAUGUUGCAUCUGACCAUUACAUGAAUCAGACAUCAGAAAUGCCGCAUCGUAACUUGAAUCUCCGACCACGAUUUUCUAUCGUUUAAUACUAACUACUCAGUAACCAGUAGUAGAGAUUCUCGAAAUUUUCAUCUAGAGGCCCAGCUAGUGUGCAAGCUUGGACGUUUUUCGACGACGCUUUCUUUGACUAUCUCUGAGACUGAAAAUCAAAGCCUCGACCUCUCCCAAGGAUUAAACUAAGCUGGUUGCGUGAUACAGGUAGGUUGAAUUUUUCUUUCUCCUGUUGGCCGGCGCACACUUAUUAUAAGGACAUUCUGUUCCGGCGGCUGAAGAAAUUUUGACGAUUCUUUAGAAAAGCAACCACUGAUCUCUGAAUAAUCCAAAGAAUCAAUCUUUCCUAUUUCAAAACAGUGAAUAUUUAUUAUAAACGUAUAGUUAAAUGAUCUAAUGAGAUCCGGACGACUCGCUUAGAUAAACUUAAAGCCUGGCUACAGAGCGAAGUUCGAAAAUCAAGCACGGAGUCGAAGCAACGCAAGGCGGGAUUAAGAAAGAUUAAAACCAGUAGAUUUACACUCAUUUACAUUGAACAGCGUACAUCUGUGGUGGUGAAAAAGAGUACCCCAACAGAAAACGGUUUGAUAGCGUGUAGUUCGAUGUAAAACUCAAUCAAACGAGAAAUUUGGAGAGCAAAAAAUUACUUAGAUUAGGUCAUUCAGAAAACUCGGAAUUACUACAAAUGUUUUUCUGACAAUGCUAAUGACCAGGAGGUCUUAUAAAGAGCCUGCUACUUGUACACACGGACCCCCAUGGUUAAAUUUCUAGUUCAAACGUCAUUAAGAACGCUCUUUUGAAUAAUUGCAUUACAGUAAGUGGAUUUUAGGUAGUUUUGUCAAAACCUCUUUCUUGGAACAGUUUGGAACAACCUAGCAACAGACUCAAUAAAACAGUAAACAUAAAUGACUUUAGAACAAAAGAUUGCAUGUCGCUAACGUAACAAAAGAACCUUUCAUAUCUGAUAAGUUGUGGCAAAUGAAUAUAGAUUAUUCAUUAUCUACGUUUGACGAUGCGCGAAUCGCGUUUUCUUUGGCAGCCAUCAGAAGUGUCCUCUCAGCUAUUGAAAAUAUUCUGGGGAUCUAGGACUGUCGGAAAUUCGGAAAACUCUUCAAAGACCUCCUUCCGAGUAUAAUGAAGUGCUUCAGUGAGAUCCGAGGGGCUCAAGAGGAUUUUUUGGUUCCUCAAAAUUCAAAAGACAUUCCUAACGUUUAUAAAUUUAUUACAGACCCCCUUGUGAAAACAACCAAACAGUUUUUACGUGAUUACAAAUUCCGAGGGGAGGGGGAGUCUACGGGAGGCAAUUUCUAAGGGGGUGGGGGUUGCUUCCCGAGGUUUUUUUCAGGGAGUCCGAGUAAGAUUGAUGAGUUAUUAAUAAUAACAGGAUCUCUGUGAAAGGUUUGAACCCAGGAGUCAUUUCAUAAGUAGGCUGAGUAUGAUCGUCCGAGUGAACGUAGUCCUGAAUUAAAAAGACUGAACGAAACUUACCGUAAACGCACUAUGUGCCCUUGUUUAUUCUUCUGAUCACAUGUGCACAAUAACUGACCCUUAUAUUAAAUAGAACCAAUGUUUCAUUCAUAAUAUACUGUUUUUGCCCCUCACAUUUACAGUGUUCGUUCAUAUUCAAAACACCUUUAGGAAAAUACGGGUCGUUUAAGUCUGGUGUUUUUAGAGAUAAAUCGAUUAUAGGCGUUUUUAAGUUCCCAUUUUGCGGUGGCUUUAGUUUAUAUCUCCACAAAAUUGUAUGUAUGGAAAGAAACUGUACGUGAGCUGUGAACGUUCAAAGGUUUAUCGAAACUCGCUAAUAUUGACAUCGUACUUGCUGAAUGGGCGAACACACAGAAUUGAGGAGAAGCAUUUUAACAAAUGGUGACAAAAUCAUGCACAAAUUUAUAAUAGUAAGCUAAGUAAGAUGCAGAUACAAACAAAAGCAAAACCUCUUGGCUACAUUGAAAACAACUGUAAGCUCUACACAGUCACCAAACCUUGUCAGUAAUAGCUGCUAUUUCCCUCAAGACCCUCAAGUGGGGCAUUGUGAAGCUCCGAUCCCGGUUGUCCCGUUGAGCUUUGAACUUGUCUGCGAAAGUCUCGAAGUUCCCAUUUUUGUCCGCGCGUUCUUUAUCCUUAUCCGAUUCUUUGGACCGUGCCGUGUGUUGCAUUAAAUAGGGAAAUAUUAAAAUGACAAGACGCUGUGGAAGCGUGUACAAGGUGUCCUAAAAGUUCUUUCCUCUACUUUAUAAGGCUGUGAUGUAAUACGAUUGGACUUGGUAAGCAAAUCGUUUAAUCAAAAGUCGUGUCGUUCAAUAUUAUUUAAUAUUUUAUACUUGUUGCGCCAGCUUGUGACUCUAAUAUUCCACUGGAUUUGUGUACUUCCGCGCCAAAGGCGCGCGUGCGCAAGUACUUUUUCCCGCCACAAAUUUUUUGUUUUUUGUAGCCGGAAUUGCUCAAAACCCUUCCUUGUUUUUUGUGAAUAUCAUGAAAGAUAAACUCUCUAAGCGCAAAAACGUUCAGCUGCGUCAGAGUAUAAGCAUGUUUAAUUCGAUUUACCGGCAUCCAGUACCUAUAGAAAAAAUUGCUUGGGGUGAAAAACUGGAAAAAUCCGAAUGUUGGGUGGUAAAAUGGUCAUCGAGAAAUGAAGGUUUUGAAGAAAAAAAAGAAUGGGAAGAAUGAUAGUCCUGAAUAAAGCUUAUAAAAUAGUUUUAAAGAAGGCCAGAUACAAAAGAGGAAACUAGACGAGGUAACUCUCACAACAGUUAGCAAGCCAAUUCUGAAGCAGGCCUAGGUUCAUGAAAAGCGAAGGUUAGAGACCGCUGAGAAGGCAAUAAAACCUAUGCUUAGUCCGCCAAACAACGAUCAGCUGGUCUCAAAUCUGUAAAGAGAGGUAUAAAGGUGUUAGUGUGGAUAGGGGCCGAGAUGAUUAUCUUUGUAUGGAUGAAUGCCCAAAGUAUAUUUUUCACAGCUACCGAAUCCAAAAAAAAAAUGUUGUUUGGGGGGUCGAAGUGGCUCCUGCGUACCAGGUGAUAAAGAGCUCAACAUAGAUCAAUUAUUGUGGCUCUACAUGCUGUAUCUCACUCCAUGCCGCGAGUGUGAUAAAAGAAAAACAAAGGGGGGUUGCUGGUUACUGAAAUUCUGAAUACAUGAACUCGAUAGAGCAAUAAACAUGUUCUCGAAGUUUCACGUAAGAAGAAAGUUUUGAGCGCAUGGAAUUAGAGGAACAAACUUUUGGGACACCCUUUAUUUGGGCGUCAUCGGGCGUGUGUAAAGUUUUUUUAUGUGUAUUAGGGAUGUGUGAGUAGUGCAGUAGCGUUGUAUAUUUUAGGGGUUUGUUGAGAUGCGUGGAGUGAAAGGCGUGGAUCGGAGUUAUAUUGGACUUGAAUAGGUAAGAUAAUGGCUGCAGUUUGUUAAUCAGUGAAACUUUUUUCUCGUAGAAUUUAAUAUGAAGUAACAAAAAGUAAUUAUCGUGGGAGGUAAAAGUGGUCUUAGAUGUUGUAGUGAGGUAGUUUGAAAGUGCUAAUUUAGUUAGUAAGGGAUAGUGUGGUUACAGUGUGUUGAAAUGAAGUGGUGGUUAUGAACAGUCUUAACAAUAGUCGAAAACUACUUGUACUUAUUUUAAACGAGGUUAGGCUUUCUGUUUAGGAUUGUUUUUCACUUAUUUUGAAAACAUUUGUAUGCAGAGAACAUGGAUAAGGCCAAAAUUUCAUUUAAUAUGGUGAAGGAGGUAUGAAGAUGUUGGGGGAGGGGGGGGGGGCUGAAAUUUUGUGUGUUCUCAGGGGCUUUCAACAAUCGGUGAAGUCAAGGGGAGGGCGCAAAAUCUGGCUAUAAACCUAAGGGCCUGAUUACAUGAGCCAGGCUGGCUCGCUUUGCAGAGAUCCCGGCACCUUAACGCAACAAAACUCAUCUUUGCGAUUUUAUGACAACCGAGCCAGCACGGUUAGCUGGGAUCACAGGAUUGUGUUGCCGGGAUCCUGGGUGGAAAUUUUCCAAGUUAUCGCGCGGUACGGUUACCGCGCGGCCCGGUGAAUGAACCAAGCGAGAAACAGGACACCGGGUAACACAUUGUUAAUACGCAUUGCUUCCCCAGCGCAUGUGAUCAGGCCGUUACUGUGAGUUGUAUUAUCACGCAGUUUGCACGUAAAAGCUUAAUCUAAUUAACCCAAGGUUUUAACAACACAACGCGAUUUUAACUUGAAGAUGUUGGACUCUGCCCCUUUUGCGCUUCGAACGUGAAAGAAUGCAGCCUGUUUACGAGGUCAUUUUACCUCCUUUCCGAAAUAUGUAAUGAAAUCAUGUACCAUUCAAUGCUACCCUUAAUUAUGACAUGCAGGAGAUCAUGGAAUUCUGCGUGACAUCUUCUUAGGUGCUCUACAACUGAGAGCAAAAAUACUGUCAAACUCCUAGCAAUAAGCCAAACCAUUCACACCGUGUGCUGCGAGGACGAUUAUUUUCCAAAAGGGGAAAAUUAAAUUAUUUCAUAGUUUGUUUCACUCAAUGUACCAAUGUUUCCCAAAAAGUUUGUUUUCUAUUGCCGAUUUGUUUGCCGUGCGUUAUCUGUAGGUCGUAUGUAACGAAGUUAAAUGCUGUGUUGUGACACAGCGGCAGACAUUCGCUUCGCUUGGGUCGGUUUACUUGGCUUGUCUACAUUCGCACGUAUUGCAUGCCUAUUGCAACUUUGAAUCAAAACCAGGUGGUGUGCGCACUACGAUCGCUAAGUAUCAUGGUCGGUAUUCAAAAUCUGAUCAUUUGUGUCAAGAUGGCGUGGAGUAAACAUCUCGACUGCGGAGAGAAUAUUUGUUAAUUACACUGUAGAAAUAUACGAUUUUGCUUGGAAUCUCUUCCGGAAACUUUUGAAAAACAAAGUCUGUCGAAUUCUCAGGGAGAAAAGACAUUCACGUUCUGUUGAUAAGUGUAUUCUAGUGUAUUUUGUUCGUAAUCACUUGCAUCCUGUUUGCAACUCACCGAGGAAGGUCGGCACAGAAUCGCUUAGUUCAAUGCUUCAAUCAUGAAAAGCACGCAGGAGGUAAGACCUGCGGUUCGCCGAAAAUUUUGAAUUCACCAUGAAAUCAGUGCAACUAGAGGUAAGAGGUACUAAUACGCAUAACUCUUAGCUGUGAUGAUGGCAAGUAAUUCAUGGUAGUCUCCAUAUAGACUCCCUAAUAAAUUAUACUAGUGCAAUAGGUUAUUAUACCUAAAAUGGUAGGAGCUUCUUCAGAAUACCCGGCCACGGUAUUUAAACACAGUAAGCUUACUUUCUUUUGUCAUUCAGCAAGAUGUUCACUUGCUAGGUAUAAUAAGAGAAGUGGAGGGGGUCAUCUUUUCAAGGACUUAGUUCUCUGUCACCGGCACCAAGUCUGCAUUUCCCUUUGUUUAUCAUCGUUAUUUAUCAUCACGUGAAGACAAGUAAAUAAAGUAGAGAGUAUUUGUGUUCAAGGAUUGACUUGUGUCCUCUUUAUAGAUAAUAUCGAGCACCUUUAUUCAAGCAAUACUGCAAAUUUGCAUUUAAGCAAUAGAAAACGUUUUCCGAGCCUGAUAUAAACACGAGAGGGGUGGGGAGAAUUUGAGACAGUUAUGCAAACACGAGACGAAGUAUAUAAGAUAACUUUCCCGAGAAAAAAAGCAAAACUCUCUAGUUUAGAGCAUUGAUUAAAAGAGAAAUUCUUACCACUCGCGAAGUCUUGUGCGCGAAGCUUGUAAGCGUAAUCAGUCUUUGUUUUGCAAAAAAGAUGCUUUCCAAAAUACGGGUUUUUCUCGCUUAAAAUGUCAGCUCAAGCGAAAACAAAUUGAUACAGCAUGUUUCUAAAGUUUGAGUAAGUAAAGUAAAGUAAAAGCUUUAUUAAUGUGUCAAUGUAUUUAGUUUUCACAACUAAUUGGGGACAGAAAAAUAAAGAUUAUUUACAAAUAAGAAAUAAUAAUAAUAAUGUAUAUACAAUUAAAAUAUGUAGCCCGUAUAAAUGGUAUAAUAAAACAAUAGUUAUAUAAAAGGUAGUCUCUAAGAAUUGCAAAGGUUGCAGCAGCUAUCGUUGUUGUUUAAGAGUGACGUCAGGUCUUUUUUCCUAAUGUUCUUUUUGAAAGAUUCAAUAUUCGAGGAGCCUUUCAAAUUAAUAUCUAGUUUCGACCAUAUAUGAGGUCCUUGAUAUCUAAGAGAAUGCUUUCCGCAGUUAAUAGUGUUAAAAGUUGGAAUAUCAAAAUCACUGUUUCUUAGUGAAUAACUAGUGCUUUUCUGCGUAAAUAGUUCGUUAACAAUACUCGGUGCGAGGCCAUAUUUUGCUUUGUACAUUAAUAUAGCGAUAUCUUGUAUUCCUCGAUUUAGUAGUGAAGGUAGCUCUGUACGAACCAGAAGGUUUUCGUAUGAUUCUGAAUGGGAGUUAAAUACUGCUCUAAGUGCACGUUCUUGAAUCCGCGCUAUUUUUCUACUGUCAGAAGAUCUACAGUUAUGCCAUACCAGAUGGCAAUAUGUUAAGUGAGGCAGGAUGGAUGAUUUGUAGAUUAUCAGUUUUGCUUUGCAUGGUAUCAAAUUUCGCAGUCUCAAUAAGACACCGACUUUUUGACUGGCUUUGAUGCAAAUGUUACUGAUAUGGCUGGUGAAAUUAAGCUUGUCAUCUAUUUCAACUCCAAGUAAUUUGUUUGCGAAGUGUUGGCAAUGAUCUGAUCUUCAAUCUGCAGGGCCUCAGUCUGUUUAUCUGAGUCAAUGUUUCUUGGAUUGAUAGUAAGACACUAAAACUUCUCUGUGUUGGCAAGUAGAACGUUAUCCCCGUACCAUGACAUGGCUAACUUUCCUUGAUAUUGUAGCCUGGAAGAUGCAAUGUUGUAGUCCGACCCUGUUACAUAUAGCUGAUGGUCGUCAGCAUACAUGAAAAGGUUUGUGCCUUUAACCAACAUGGUCAUGUCAUUCUGGAAUAAGUCCCAUAAUAAUGGACCAAAUGAAGAUCCCUGAGGACAACCACGUGACAUUUUCGACCAUUCAGUUCUAACACUGCCUAGUUUUACGCGACUGUAAAAAGAUUUUCAAGUUUCAACCGACGAGGAAAUGAGUAAAUAAAGUAAACUUGUCGAGUUUUUCAACUCAAAACCUUUUUCAAAUUCAUGCUUGCGUGAUUAGCGCGCGGAAAGCAAAACAUCUUGACGUCACAACCAUGUCUACAUACUCUCAUGCAAACACACUUCUUGGUCGAUCAGAGCUCGCGUGCUAUCUUAGUUAUUUUUUAUAUGUAUUUCCUAUUGGUUUGAGUCAUAGGAUGUCUUAUAAGAGGAUUGAAACUGAAAAUUGCAUAUUUGUGAUUACAAAGCCUGAUGCAGUCAAUAGAUUUUUAAAGUUGUUCAGCCAAUAUUUGUUUAAUGAUUGUGUCAGUAUGUACAAACACAUGCUAUUAAAUAUUUUUUUGUAGUGUAAAAACUCUUCAAAAUGUGAAACUUAUACAUGUUUACAAAUCUCCUGGGGUAAAAUGGCGGGAAACGCCUUUCCUUUCUUGUAAUGCCCCUUCCUCCUCCCAAUUCAAACAUGAUGUCAUAAGUCUCAUUAUAUUUACAGUCAAACCCUGUGAUACGGACACUGAGUGGACUGUAGAAAUUGUCCAUUUUAAUUUAGAGAAAAUUUCAGAGCUUUUUUCCCGGGAACAAAGCAAGCUGUCUGCAAUGAUGAGCAAGGCUUUGAUCUAAGGAACAUUGAAAGGAGCCCAGUUCUCUGAACCUGUAAAAUCUAGGCUGCCCAGCAUAUGAUUUGUAUGAAAAAUCUGAGAUUUUCUAGUCACCCAAGAGUAAAAGUUAGGUUCCCUGGGCAACCGGUCUCUGCUAGAGCACAGCCUUGAUGAGGUGUCUCAGGAGCCCAUAACCCGGAGCGUCUAACUUCCAUACUGCGCCUAUGCAACGGCGUUUUCACAAGUAGGUAUAUUUUUAGAUAAGCCUUUCCCGCGAAUUGCUUGCGAAAAGCCAAUCACAAGCACGUGCGUCAUCAAUAAUAAACUUUUAACACGUAACCAGGACAACUCCUUCACAUUGGAAAAAAAGCGUGGGGGAAGCACGUGAGGAAUCUUCAGAGGAUUCUUCUGACAGUACUUCAAGCGACAAUUUCAGUAUUUACACGGAAACUACCAGUUCAGAGGAAGAUCUGCAAAACGUAGAAGAGCCUGGGACGUCUACUUCAUCGGCGACAACGCAUAAUUCACGGAAAGGGAAAUCGAAAUCAUCUUCGAAACAGCCGACUGUGAAAAGGUCCAAGCGACAACAGUCAUUUUUCGCGGGAAAAGCUUAUCUAAAAAAAAACUCACUUGUAAAAACGCCGUUGCACGAAUUUAUGGCAGUUGCACGCUCCGGGUUAUGGGCUCCUGGGUGUCUGUAUUAAGCGGGUGUCCGUAAAGCAGGCUUUUGGGUUACCAUGCAUUUAUUGCAGUGGUGGAUCCUAGUAGUACAGUAAAACCCCGUGACUUACAACCUGAAUUUUACGAACCAGUUAGACUAAAAUAUGCCAGAUGAGCCCGCUCUAUAUAAAAACCUGUUUAGCCUAAAAUAGCUAUAUUUUUUCUUCAGAAAACAUGAACCCAUUUAAAAGCCUAAAUAGCCUAAACCUCUGCUAACUACCAUUUAUAUAAGAACCUGUUUAGGCUUACUUGGUUAAUUCAGGUUCCUAGUCUCACGGUUUUACCGCCCCAUCGUUCCACUUUUUAUAUUUCCUUUUCCCAUCACCAUUUUCACAGUCUUGGUUUUCCAAUAUUAAAAGUACAUUCAAUGAUCAAGCAAUUUAUAUUUUAACUCAAGCCACCAAAAUAUGCAAAUCGCUUGAUAUAUAUUGAACAGUGUAAACGGGUAAACAGAUUGAAUGGCAUCACUUAGCCUUUGUGGCAAUGGCAUUUCCAAGGGAAGGAAAAGGGGGUUUUUGGUGCAAGAGGAACGCGAGGGAAGGAGGGAGGGAGGGAAAUGCCUGCCAGGUGACUAUUGUUUCUUGCACUUUAAACAUCCACCAGGUGAAUGUUGAAAUCCCUCCCUCCUUCCUCGUGCACUCUUCGCGUUUCUCUAUAGAGGCUAGACACAAUUGAAUAAGCAGUUUGUUGCCUAGCUGCCCCGGCAGUAUUUCUCAUCAGUCAAAACAGUAACCAAAUUCAUGAAACCUUGAAACUGACAUAAACAUAACAUCCACACAACAACACACACUAAUCUUGGAUGUAGAUUAUGAUUUUGUUUUCUCAAGAGUGAUGUGCAUAUUUCUGUGAAUAAAAAGUAAAGGGCAAGCUUGGUGGGUGUUAUGAAACUCUUCUUCUGCGAUGCACUAUUCUUUCAAUUCUCUCAAUAAUCAUUUUUCAUAGAGGAUGGCUGGUUUCCAAAUGCACAGGGCUUAACUGUAUAAUCAAACUUAUCAUUUCAUUUAAUGUCUGUAAUUCUUAACCUACUGAUUUUAUACCUGCAUACAGAGAAUCACAUGUAUGACUGCGAUUUUAUUAUGUUUUUUUAAGGCCUACUACAAAAACAGACAUUUCUACAUCAGAGUACCCAUCAGCCUAUUUAUAUACCAAUUUUAAACAUUUUAUGCUCACCUAAUACUGUUGUUUGGAGGAAGCAGUCGCCGCUGUCCUGCUAUUUUGUGAUUAGCUUGUGAUUACAACAGUAACACUUCCAGUGACAUGUCACAUUCGUCUUCGCGAGGCUACAUUUUUCCAUCAAAAAAUGCAAUCAUUUCAAUUCGGAAAAAGUAUCACAAAACGUGGGGCGCGUUGGGGAGCGUUUAUACCUUGGCGUAGAACAAGGUUUGUAGAAACACUUAAAUAUAGCUUAUAUAUAGCUUUUUAAAAACAGGGUUCAAAUUUCAUGCCCUUACAGGAGGAAUAUUCGUGCUCCUCGUUUUAGAUUGAAAUGAAGAAUAUCGAUUUGUUUUCCUUCAAAGAAAAAAUCUAAACAAAUAUUAGCUUAU